CCGCGAACGUAAACACUGUCGUGGCAGACGAAGGUUCGAGGAUAGGUCCUCACACCUGAAAGAUGUUGCGCCGUAGGAAAACCACUCUCCAGACGGUGAAGAGCCUUGAUGCCUUCCCAAAAACUUCCGAAGAAUGUGUGGAAUCUACACCUACAGGAGGCACAAAAUUUACUUUUGCUACAGAUGUUGGGGCAGAUGUGCUUGACAUGACAGGUGAGCAAGUCAUGACGUUUGGUGAGCUGGAGAUGGAGGACACAUGGUGGGAGUUGGAUCCUGACCAACGGGCGCACUUUGAUGGUGUACAGAGGGUGAACAGUUAUCUCCGGGACCAGUUUCACUCCAUCCACGAGUUCCUGUGGCGGAGUGGAUACACAAAUAUUUUUGGUGACAUGCCUCCAAGACGCCGAUUUCCACAGAAAGAAAAAGAUGCAUGCCGCAUCUAUGGACAUCUUGGAAUCAACAAAGUGGCUGGAAACUUUCACAUAACUGCAGGUAAAUCCAUCCCAUUGCCAAGAGGCCAUGCUCACUUGGCUGUGUUUAUGGAUGAGCAGGACUACAAUUUCACACACCGUAUAGACAAAUUGUCUUUUGGUGAUGCUUCUCCUGGGGUCCUGCACCCUCUGGAAGGAGACGAGCAGAUAGCUGAGAAAAACUUUUUAACCUACCAAUACUUCAUUAUGGUUGUGCCAACCAAGGUUGAUACAUACAGCCACCGUGGAUCUACAUUUCAGUACUCAGUAGCAGAACAGCACCGUGAAAUAUCCCAUGAAAAGAAUUCGCAUGGUACUCCAGGGAUUUUCUUCAAAUAUGAUGUCUCAGCUUUGAAAGUGGAAGUCGUGGAAAGACAUGAACCUUUCCUUGAAUUCUUGACAAGAUUGUGUGGCAUUGUAGGAGGAAUAUUUACGUGUUCUGGUUUGGUAAGCCGUUUUGUAGGCUUCUUGGUAAACUGCUUCACAUGCCGCUACUUCAUGGCCCAAAAGGCGGUUAGCACUGAAGAAGACACAUCAAAGCAGUCAGUUGUACCUUCAGCUUCCUUGCUUCAAGCAGUGAAUCUGUCACCAUCAGAUGCUGGUCCCCAAUUGACCUCUAAAACAACUACUAGUACACCUUUACUAGAGGCGCCAGGGAUGGGGAAUUUGACGACUUGACAGUCUUGUAAGAAUCUAUAGAUUCAUAUUUUUAUAUACUACUUUUCUUUCCUUCAUAAGUAUAAUUUAGCAGUUUGUUUUAAAAAUUAUUAUUAUUAUUAUUAUUA